AUGGAAGAUUUUAGCAUCAAGUUUCCCAAGAACAUCGGUGAAGCGGCAUCAAGUGGGCACUGUAUUGUGAACCAUUUUAUGUUAGAAUAUGAGAGUGACCCUCUCUUGGACACUUUCGCAAACUUCGCUGCUGCCAGUGCAAGUAUUGUCACCCAGGGCAUAGAUGAUAUCGUCAACAGUUUCCUGGCUAAGCUCCAGAGAUCAGUCAACUGGGACAGGAAAAAGAGGGUUCUAGUUUUGUCAUCCUUCUUGGCAGACAAAUGGGAGAAGGGGAGUAAAGGCAUACGUCAAUGGAUCUAUAAAUUGGUGAGGUUCGCAACAUACGAUCUAAUUUUGCUGCCAGUAUGUACUGCUGCACACUGGUUCCUGAUGGCAAUUGAGCCAAAAAAAAAUGUACAAGAAUACAUAUCAGAGCAUGAGAAACAUGUCCCUGGGGGUCUUUUUGAGUGGAACAGUGUGCAAUAUCUCUGCAGCCAGCAGUUGGAUGGGAACAGCUGCGGUAUAUUCACAUGCAUGAAUGCUGAAUGCCUUGUGAAAGAUGUUUGCCUGACGGUCAUGCGCCAGCACCACGUUCCAUACUAUCGGGAGUAUGUGAUGAAGACACUGCUAGCUGCCAGGAACACAGUUAACUGCGACUCCAAACUGUGUUUGCGUCCACAAUUAAAAUGCUUGGAAUGGAAGGGUUGUGAUGGAUGUUUGAUGUGCGAGCAUUCUGUUUGCACGAUAAUAGCAGACAAGCACCCGUACUGUGGACUUUGUUUGCCAUUGCACUACAAAAACUAA